CCACAAUUCCCUGCACCAGCAGCAGACAAGCUCUCCCCACUCGUCACUUCCUGUUGCCCUGCUGUUUCCAUGGGCACAGCUAUUGGCUGGGAAGUAGCCGUUACCUGGUAACCAGACAACAGUGAAAGAGUGAGGAGCUGCAGGCAGAGAGCAGACAUGCCGGAAAGUGUCGUGGGCUCCCUCUCCAGUUCCAAUGGCUCAAACCGAUCCAGAUCCUACAGGUAUCGCACUAAAGCGUUGAAUUCGGAAGUGGACGAGAGUCUUUUUGGAGCGAAGCCAGCCAAUGAGCACAGUCCCGUUACACAGAAGAACCAGAACGGGCGACGCAAGGCAACAUCAGCACCAACAAGAGUUUAUAAACCUGAGACCAUACAGAUUAUAACCAGCGAUCUGAUUCGUGAUCUUGUGGUGCCCUCAGAAGACCCCUCGGGGAUGUCUCUGAUCAUGACUCCACUGGAUUUUAGUCGUGUUAAGUCAGCAGCUCGGGUUUUGACAAAAGAGGAGGAGUCGAUGGUGACACAGUCCUUGAAGCAGAGAAAAGAGGAAACUAUUGAGGCAGUAAACGAGCGUAAAAACUACAUGAAGCAAAAGGAGAUGCUCCGGAAGAAGAAUGAGAAGCUGAGUGAGCUGGAAGAGGAAGCCCAGCAGAGGGCGCAGUACUUGUUACAGAGAGCCAACACCCUGCGCAUGGAACAAGAGGACGAGAUGAAGACACUGAAUGAGGUAAUCCUACAUACCAAGUGCCACGCCAUCCGUGAUGCCCAAGUCCUGGAGAAAAAGCAGAUAAAGAAGGAGUUAGACACAGAGGAGAGAAGGUUGGACCAGAUGAUGGAGGUGGAGCGACAGAAAGCCAUGGAGAUGCAGGAGGAGAUAGAGGAGCAUCGGAAGCAAGAGAAGAUCAGAGGAAAGAUGCACAUUAUCCAGCAGAUGGAGGGAAAUCUGGAAUCCAGAAUUCUGGUGGAAGAACAGAAAGAGCAAGAGGCCCAGCACAUGCUGCAAUACUUGGAGGAGCUGCAGAUAGAAGAUUAUGAGGAAAUGAAAAGAAAGCGCCAGGAGCAGCUGGAGAUCCAGGCCCAGAUUCAGCAGAUCAACACGGAGAAUUUGAAGAAGAAGACGGAACGGAAGGAGCAGGAGAGACUGUCAGAUCUGCGUGUGCUGGAGUACAACAAGAACAAGAUGGAGAGAGAGGCUGAAUAUGAAGCUGAGCAGCAGAGGAUAAAGAAAGAGAAGGAGCUAGAGGUUGCCCGUCUGCGAGCCCUGCAGGAAAGAGCUAGAGACUACCGAGCAGAACAGGAUGCUCUGAGAGCAAAGAGAAACCAGGAAGCUAUGGAACGUUCCUGGAGACAGAAAGAAAAGGAAAUUGCCCAGAAGCAAGCAGAGGUGAACUCCAUGAUGAAACAGACACGGAUGGAGCAGAUUUCACAGAAAGAACAUUGCCUGGCCGUGCAGGCACAGAGGGACCGAGCAGAGUUCAAUAGAGUGCUGAGAGAACAACGAAUGAUAAUUGAGAAAGAACACAAAGAGUUAGAAGAGAAGAAUACCCAGCUGAUGAAGCACGCAGCAGAGCUCAGGCGCCAAGUCCGUGAGAAUGAGCAGAAGCAGGUCUUGGCAAGAAUCGACUACUUUGAAGAAGGCAAGAAGCUGAAUGAAGAAGCUCAUCAGCGUAGGGCUCGUCUGGAUGAGCUGAAACAGAAGAAGCUGGAGGAGCUCAGAACGGCCGGCCUUCCAGACAAAUACCUCUCAAUGGUCAUGCGAAAGGCCGAAGUCCCUACUACUGUGGUUCAUUGAGAAGAGAGAAAUAUAAUCUUAUAUAUAUAUUAAAUACAGUAUAUAUGCUUCCGAUUCUAUGAUAUUCCUCUGCUAUUUGACCAUCAUUGGGUUUCUGCCAACAUCGAUUUCACCUAAAUGAAUAAAAAUGUCUUGUUGGCCAA